AUGAUUUAUGAAAUAGAAAUAGAAAUAAACAAAUGCUUAAAUGCUUCCGCUGCUGCAAGCCAAUUGGGUAUUCAUAUCCUGGCAGAGCAGAUAUGGGUAAAACACUAUUACGAAGUCCCUGAAAGCAUCUUUGAAAAAAAUCAGGGCGACAUCGUAUUCUUGGGAAUGAGCAUACUCAGUGUAAUUUGUCUAUUAAGUAAGCACAGUUUCAUCCUGUGGAAAGGAACAGUAAGGAAAAGUCUCAGCAAAGACACGACUGGGUUCAAAAGUGGCAGCAAACUGACCUGGAUUUCACAACAAAUUAUGUUUUUUCUAGAUGAAUCAGCCUUUCACAUUAAUUUGAAACGGGAUAUGACUUGGUCAAAGAAAGGCACUCCUGCAGUAGUUACAGUGCCAAUAACUAAAGCAAAAGCAACUUCUAUUUUAGGUGCAAUUUCUUCUAGAGGUUUAAUUAAUGUUAGUUUGCGAGUUUCGAAGCGUAUCAAGAAGAUAAAUCUCGGAUGUGAGACUAAUAGCUAUAGCAUAGGAACAGUGAUAAAAUAUUAA